AAUGGAAAUAACAUAUGUCUACACCAAGACACGAGCUGAAUUCGGGAAACAGUGUAUAUUUACAGACAAGAACCCGGAAUUGAUUGUCGACAUUAAACCUAAACCAGAAGACAAAGAAAACUUCAUAGAAUUCAACUAUUGCGAUAAAGAAGUGAACCAUAUUCCAGAAAUAUCAGAACACGAAGUUAAUACCGAGUCGUUCAGGACGAAUAACACCGGAAUUAAUCACGUUGAGGGUGGCUGGCCAAAGGACAUCAAUUGUGAGGAUGUCGACCAAAUACAACGAUUUAGAAAAAAGGUUGAGAAAGACGACGUUUAUAUUACAUCAGUCCGCAACCUUUCAAUUGUAUAGUUCUGAUUUGAACGUAUAGAUUAUUGAACGACAAAUAAUGAGAAACAAUGCCAUCGACAUUUACGAAGAAUAUUUUGAUGAGUUUGAUGGCGAUUCUUUCGACGCUCAGCCAGCCGCCAAAAUAACAAACUAUUUUCGAGAUCCCAAUGGAAAGGACCGAGUCGUAUCCUCAAUUUCCUGGAAUCCCACCGAUUCUAAAAAAAUCGUUGCUGCGUAUAGUUUUUUGAGCCCUUCAUUUACUGCCCCAGUUGCCAAUUACGACUCAUACG